AUGGAUAAGAAGUACCUUGAUGAAUUAUCGUUUAAAUGGUCCGAAGACGCAAAGGACCAUUUUAAAAAUUCACAAAGUGAGAUGGAUAUUCUUGGCAAGCUACAGCCUUGUAAGAUCUUGAAAAGGCUAAUUAUAGAUGGAUACAUGGGUACGAGAUUUCCAAAAUGGGUUGGAGACCCUUCCUACCACAACUUGACCGAGUUAUCCUUGUAUCGUUGUCAUAAUUGUUGCAUCCUUCCACCACUUGGACAAUUACGCUCUCUCAAGGACUUGGAAAUCCGUGCAAUGAGUAUGCUGGAGACUAUUGGAUCUGAAUAUGGUGAUUCCUUUUCAGGAAUCCUCUUUCCCUCCCUUGAACGUCUGGAGUUUCGUGAGAUGCCAUGUUGGGAAGUGUGGCAUCAUUCUCAUGAUUCAGAUGUUUCAUUUCCUGUAUUAAAAUCUCUUGCGAUUAUUGAUUGUCCUAGAUUGCAUGGAGGUUUCCCAUCUCAUCUUCCUGUUGUGGAAACAAUUAAGAUUGAACGUUGCAACCAAGUUGACUCUUCUCUCCCAAGGGCUCCUGCCAUACGCAAGUUAGAUAUAAUUGAAAGCAAUAAAGUAGCCUUGCAUGAACUACCCAUAUCAUUGGAAGAAUUAAGAAUUCAAGGAAGGGAAGUGACUCAGUCCGUCUUUGAAGCCAUUGCCAUCAGCCUAACAUCUCUUCAAAUUUUAGAAAUCAGAGACUGUUCAUCUGCAAUAUCCUUUCCGGGAGAUUGUUUACCCCUAUCCUUAAAGACGCUGUCCAUCACAAAUUCUAGUAAUCUAAAAUUUCCAAAGCAAAACCACCAACAUGAGUCACUUCAGUCUUUGAGGAUAGAUGGAAGUUGUGAUUCUCUCACAACCCUCCCACUGGAUAUCCUUCCAAACCUCAUUUAUCUUCGAAUCCAUAAUUGUAGAAACAUAGAAUGCCUUUCAGCUUCGAAAAUUCUUCCAAAUCUCAUUGAUAUUGAAAUCAGAGCAUGCCCUAAAUUUGUAUCAUUCCCAAGAGAAGGAUUGUCUGCACCCAACUUGACAUGGUUGCUUGUCUCCAGCUGCCUUAAUUUAAAGUCAUUGCCUUGUCACAUAAAUACUCUUCUUCCAAAGUUAAAAGAUAUGUACAUAUAUGAUUGCCCAGAGAUGGAAACAUUUCCUGAAGGUGGUAUGCCACCUAGCUUGAGAUCACUUCAUGUUGAAGAUUGCAAGAAAUUAUUGAGGAACCCAUCUCUAUCUUUCUUUGACAUGCUUUCCUCUCUUUCAAUUGGAGAUCUAUAUGAUGCUGUUGAGUCCUUUCCUAACAAUGGUUUUGCAUUGCUGCCUCCCUCCCUUACCAAUCUACAUCUUUCGAGAAUGUAUUGUUUGCACACGUUGGACUGCAGAGGGCUUCUCCACCUGAAGUCUCUCAAACAAUUAACAAUUGGAUCUUGCCCAAAGCUGGAGAAUAUGGCGGGAGAGAGACUGCCUGCAUCUCUAAUAGAACUUUAUAUUAAUCGUUGUCCUCUGUUGGGAGAACGAUCCCUCAAAAAACAUUCUCAAAUUUGGCCCAAAAUUUCACACAUCCAAUACAUUAACGUUGACAGCAAAUGGAUUUAUGGAGCUCAAACUUGA